AUGCAUUCUCUCAAGAUCAUUCUUAUCUCCCUGGCCCCUGUGCUGGCGAUACCUGCAACGAGCCCACGGGACAUCGACUUUGAUGAGCCUUUCGACUUUGGACACGGCUUUCUGGUCCCUGCCAACGUUUCCAUUAAACAGUAUGAUUCUACUCCCAUGAUCUCGCUUUCUUCUCUGAACCUCCGCGACGUUGCAGCCUUGGAGGAACCUCUCGCUCCUGAGUUAGGCAACAUCACCACCGAGUUCGAUCUCGAUACUCGUGCACCAAAGGAGACCAAAGUAUUCUUCGGUAAGACUCAAGUUGACUAUGGCUGCGACGCCUCCAUCAGAAAGCCCCUCGGCGAAGCCAUCCACUCCAUCUGCGGAAAUAGAGAUUGCGAUAAGAGCGUCGUCUACACCCGCAAGGUCGUGCACAUGGCGAAUGGCAACCGCAAAAAGGACGCCUGGCUCUAG